AUGACAGCCCAUUAUUUCCGGACCACGGCCCUGGGUACGAUUGUCAGGCUAGCAACAAACAAUCGAUUCCUGGCAUUGAAAAGCUACAAAGAUGAGUAUCCCAAGGAGGCAAGCAGCGGGUCCUCACUCUCUAAUCUCCAGCUAGGGGAUGAUUGCAUACUUGUUGGAUGGAAAUCAGAUGAUGAUCCUGAGAAUCCUCACAAUUGGUCUACGAUGAGGAAGACUGCGGUGGCCGUCCUAAUCUGCUUGUACACUUUUACCAUCUAUUGCGGAUCGUCGAUUUACGUUCCAAGCGUCGGACAGGUCAUGCAAGAGUUCAACGUCACAGAAACAGCGGCGUCGCUAGGUCUCGCCCUUUACGUGCUCGGAUAUGGAUUUGGGCCGCUACUUUUCUCUCCACUCAGCGAAGUCCCCUACAUCGGACGUAACCCCAUCUACAUUAUUACUUUCGCCGUCUUCAAUCUCCUCUGCAUCGGAGCGGCAUUGACAGAGAGCUUUGCUGGAUUCCUCAUCAUUCGUUUCCUGCAAGGAUUCUUCGGAAGCCCAUGCCUCGCCACUGGCGCUGCGAGCCUUACCGACAUGUUCUCCGUCAUCUACAUACCAUACAGUCUAGCGGCAUGGUCAGGCGCUAUGUACUGUGGCCCGGCACUUGGCCCAUUGCUUUCAGGCUUCUCAGUUGUUGUCAAGGGAUGGCGGUGGUCAAUGUGGGAACUGCUAUGGCUCUCAUGCUUUGUCUUCGUCCUCCUCGUCAUCUUCUUACCCGAGACAUCUACACCGACGUUGCUGUACCACAGGUCCAAACUGCUGCGAGAAGAAACUGGGUCGGACAAAUACAUUGACGCAACGUCCAUUGCGUUGAUGGCAGUGACCCCCGGAGAUACCAUAAAAGCGGCGCUGAUUAAGCCAUUCGAGAUCUCUCUCAAGGAUCCUUCAAUCGCGUUUGUGAACAUUUACACAUCCUUUACUUAUGGAAUAUAUUAUUCCUUCUUCGAGGUUUUCCCACUUGUCUAUCCCAAGAUCUAUGGAAUGAAUCUUGGAGAAACGAGCGCCGUCUUUGUAUGCGUUCUAAUCGCGUGUAUCAUUGGCAUCAUGUGGUACCUAUCUUGGUAUCGUAUAUGCAUCGAAAAGCGAUUCAAAGCACUAGGGUCCUAUGAUGUCCCCGAGACCUUCUUACGCCCUGGACUACUUGGUGUCUUUGGUGCGCCAAUUGGCAUGUUCUUAUUUGGCUGGGGCGCGAGAGAAUCAAUUCCCUGGGAGGUGCCAACGCUUGGUAUUGUCAUUUACUGCGGCUUCUCAUUUGUUGUGGGCUCUGGGAUCUUCAUCUAUCUUCCACUGGGAUAUCCUCAUUACGCGGCUAGUCUUUUUGCCGCCAAUGAUGCAUUGAGGAGUUCGUUUGCCGCAGCUGCCAUUCUAUUUGGUAGGCCUCUCUACCUGAAUCUAGGAAUUGGAAAAGGUUGUAGUCUUUUGGGGGGUUUGAGCAUACUUGGUAUUGUUGGGUUCUGGUAUCUCUUCCGCUACGGAGAUCAAUUGCGGAAGCGAAGCAAGUUCACAAUCCAAAAAUAG